CGCACGGCGCUGUCCAGGCGGCGCUUCGCCGUGCUGCUCAUCUUCAGCCUGUCCUCGCUGGUCAACUCCUUCCAGUGGAUCCAGUACAGCAUCAUCAGCAACGUGUUCGAGGGCUUCUACGGCGUCUCGUCGCUGCACAUCGACUGGCUGUCCAUGGUGUACAUGCUGGCCUACGUGCCCCUCAUCUUCCCGGCCACCUGGCUGCUGUCCACCCGAGGACUGCGGGUCAGCUCCCUGCUGGGCUCCGCUCUCAACUGCCUGGGCGCCUGUGUCAAGUGCUUCAGCGUGGGGCCGCACCUCUUCUGGGUCACCAUGCUGGGUCAGUGCCUGUGCUCCGUGGCCCAGGUGUUUAUCCUGGGACUGCCCUCCCGCAUCGCCUCGGUGUGGUUCGGGCCCAAGGAGGUGUCCACCGCUUGUGCCACCGCCGUGCUGGGCAAUCAGCUUGGCACGGCCAUCGGCUUUCUGCUGCCUCCAGUCUUGGUUCCCAACACGCAGAACGACACAAGUCUCCUGGCUCAUAACAUCCGCACCAUGUUUUACGGGACAGCUGCGGUCUCCACCCUUUUAUUGAUUUUAACAUUCAUCGCCUUCAAGGAGAAACCACGGUACCCCCCAAGUCAGGCCCAGGCGGCUCUGCAAGACAGCCCCCCCGAAGAGUUCUCCUAUAAGCAGUCGAUGAGGAGCCUGCUCCGAAGCUUUCCUUUCCUCCUGCUGCUGAUUUCCUACGGCAUCAUGACCGGGGCGUUCUACUCAGUCUCCACGCUGCUGAACCAGAUGAUCCUGAAGCACUACGAGGGAGAAGAGGUGAACGCCGGCAGGAUCGGGCUGACGCUGGUGGUGGCCGGGAUGGUGGGCUCCAUUCUCUGCGGCCUGUGGCUGGACUAUUCCAAGACGUACAAGCAGACCACGCUGAUGGUGUACCUGCUGUCGUUCGUGGCGAUGCUCGUGUUCACCUUCACGCUGCACCUGCACAUCUUGGUCGUGUUCAUCACCGGAGGGGUGCUGGGUUUCUUCAUGACCGGCUACCUGCCCUUGGGCUUUGAGUUCGCUGUGGAGAUCACGUACCCGGAGCCUGAAGGCACCUCGUCCGGCCUCCUCAACGCCUCUGCCCAGGUGUUUGGGAUCUUCUUCACCCUGAUUCAAGGGAAGCUCGUCCUGCACUUCGGCCCCAUGGAGGGCAACAUCUUCCUCUGUGCCUGCAUAUUCGUGGGCGUCAUCCUGACCGCGCUGAUCAAGUCCGAUCUGAAAAGACACAACAUCAACGUAAAUGGCAACGUGGAAGCUGUCCCGCUGAUGGAGGGGAAGGAGGAAAGGACACGGGACCGGGCGACCAGGGCCGGUCUGGGGGACUCUGAGGAGCUCAGCAGGGCCUUCUGCCCUGUGUCGCCCCUGGCCUGA